UUUACAGUGAUUUUUGUUGUGAAUUUCAUUGCAAAAAAGGAGGCUGGUCAGCACCGCUGAGAACCACACUGAUUCGAGGUCGUAAGGAAGAAAGCCUGUCAUGUCGCUUUGAUGUCAUUUGCCACUUUUCUCCGCCCGCCGUCAACCUUUAGCAGUUGCUGAUAUUGUGAACUGCAGAAUCUGAUGGUGUCCAGCACAGACAGUGCCUGACCACCGGUUGAAUCAGCCGUAUACAAGGAGCGGAGCCACACCAGCCCCUCCCACACCCUCGCCCGUCCCGGUCUUCAUGCUAACAUUACGUCUUGUCUCAACGCACUUCCUGAAGCAGCCGUAGUUGGCGCCUUCGCCAGGGACGACACGUAGCAUUGCUGUUGCCUCCAGUUCUCCCUUUGCUUCCCCCUUUGCUUCCUUCUGAGUCAUCAUGUGCAGGGACCGCGAUAUGAACUUCGGCCCCUGAUUGCCAGCCUGACCUUACAAACUAAUCAGAACUGUACGCAGAACUGGGAACGUUCCGCCCGUGAGUAAGAGAAGCGAGCAGGAGUCCGCAUUAUUAUCUGCAAGUUUGCGCUCGCUGUCAUCAUUAAGAGAAGACUGGGUUGUUGUAUUUCGCCACGGGGUGGUGGUAUCGACGAAGAUCAACGCAUGAGACGUCCGGUGUCAUGCGGUGGCUCAGAUGUGAGCCCUGCAGAGAGUGCCCUCAGCAGGGUGAGACGCAUGCUGAGCAGUUCAUUGCCUGGGCGCAGAACGGCCAGCAAAACGAUGGGAGUCUCCUUAGAGGAGCUGACAGCGAGGCCUGAUGCUCAAGAUGGCGUGCCCUUUAUUGUUCUUCGACUGUGUUCAUACAUCGAUUCUACAGGAAUCAGUUCUGCUGAGUUGUGCCAACCUCCCACACAUGAUAAGCAGUUCGAAAGCUUGAAAUGCACUUUUGACCGCACUGGAGAUGCAGACUUGGAAAACAGUGCCACCCCAAACGCAGCCACAGCUCUUCUUAAGUUUUUCUUGCAACAGCUGCCUGAGCCUCCUGUCACCGAUUCGGUUGCCAAUGAUUUGCUUAAUUUGAUUGAAGAAAACUCGACCGACUGCUCCAAAGAGAUUAAGAAAAUCUUGAGUACCAUGCCAGAGGCUAACCGUCGCUUGAUCAGACACAUCUCGUACUUUUUGCGUCGAGUGGCUCGCAGAGAUGCCAAGAAAAAGGCUGACAUCGAGGUCAUAGGCAGCUCUUUUGGGCCUUUUCUCUUCAAGUACGACGGCAAUCCUGGUCGGCAGAAGAUCUUCAAUGCCGUCACCACGCAAAUGGUGCUUGAUUUCCAUCUGAUCUUCCCCGAGUGCAGUGACGACGGUCUUGCAGGCAUGCAUGGCGAACCGCCGCUGGAAGUGUCCCUCGAGAUGCCGGCCGAGCUCAGCGUCGCUCACCACAGGAAACGCAAGGAGCGGCACGAGAGCACUGGCUCCUCACAGAUUCCGCAGGAGCGAAAAGUCAUCAGAUCUAAUUCACAAGAACGCCCUACUGAAGAUGUAAAUGAAAAGGACAAGAUAGCUUCACAAAAAUCGUCAGUAAUGAUCGAAGAUAUGGAAGAGAUUGGAAAUACUAACAAAAAUUUGAUGCCACUGCACGAACACAAUUCGCCAAGCACGGCUCCAAUGGAAGAAGAAGACAAUGAACACGAGAGGCGCCGCAGCUCAGAGAGAUUCGCCAGUUAUCCCAGAUCGUCGACUCCUCGUGGAGGAAACCGAAGGCACCACCAGCCGCGGAAGACCCGGCGGGGCAAUUCUUAUGACAGCAAGGAAAAUGAAAGGGUGCAUCACCACCACCAUCAUCACCACCACCAUUUGCAGCCACGGGAGGAUGAAUCGGUUCCAAACACAAGCCACUCUUUCUUGCAACUACACCCACAGGAUGAAUGUGAAAGCCGGGAGAGAUCUCCUUCCCCAGCAACGCCGAAAGCAGCUCCCCCUGCACUUGAUUUGAGCACCUUGCACCAACAGAUUGGAUACACUGAGCCAGUACCGUCGCAGCCACCGCAUCACAGAGUUCCUGAGGAUACUCAGGUGCUGUUGUCUCCCAGGAACUCGGUAAUAUUGACCAGGCGAAUGGAUCCGAAUGUGGCGCCCAGUCCUCCUGUGGAACACUCUGAACCUCUGAGGAGGAGGGAUGAGGAGAGCUAUGAGACAAAGACUAAGCAGAUCAACAAACAGAUUGCAAAUCUGAAGAAGAAAAUCAAGAUCUACGAGGAGCAAUUUGAGACCGAAAAUGGCUACCGGCCCUCACACGCUGACAAGCUGAACAAUAAAGAUCUGAAAAAGAUGUUCUCAGAACUGACCAAGCUCAGGAAAGAGCUAAAACAAGUCAAAGAGGAUGCUGCAAACAAGACUGUCCAGCAGAGCAACGACAAGAAGCUACCCACCAUUGUCAUCCCUACCCUUGGUGAUACCCUGAAAGAAGUUCAAAACAGAUUGGAAGAAAAGCGCACAGAAUCUGGUAGACCGGUAGAUCUGGAAUCACUUUCAAGGGAGCAGCUUCUGUCUGAGAAAGUUGCACUCCAGAAGGCCCUUCUCCACCUCGAAAGUCUGCAUGGCCGGCCUUCCACCAAGGGAGAUCGUGAUCUUGUUCGCCCCCUCUAUGACAGAUACCGCAGCCUGAAGAGACUGGUCAUUCGCAGUGGAGGCUCUAAACUUCGCGACAGCAUGUCGGAGCUUGCGACCAUUCUUGAGCAUGAGACCAUGGACUUCACCUCUCCGCCAGAAACUGGCCAGAACAUGCUGCCUUCGUCUGACUUUGAUGCAGUUGAAAACGAAGGUCAAGAUGAAGAGGAGGAACAGUGUGAAAAUCUGCACUCACUGUCAUUGACUGAGCUAAUCGCCCGUCAAGCUGAGGCGAAGGAGCUGAAGCACAAGCUGCGCCGCGAACUGCGCGACUUUGAGGACGAGUUCCAGAGGGCCACUGGCAGGCGGCUGCAGAAAGAAGACCGAGAGCCGAAGCAGAAGGAGUACGCCGUGUACAAGCAGGCAAAGGCGAGACUGCGCCUGCUGGAAGCGCUUCUCAACAAGCGGGGAGGUAGCCAGUUCACCAGGAGCUGCUGAAGGGCGCGCGAGCACUUUCUACUCAAGACAGAAGACUGCUGUGAGUCUCAUUUAGCGCCUCUUUUGGGGCAAGCUGUUACUCAGUAUUCGUUUUGUACUUGACAAGCAACAUUCUCGGGAGCUGCUCGGGAAUUGCCGCUUUUUGUCAAAGGAUAAGACGCGCCACUCGCUUUAAAAAUAACAUGUCAGCGAACAGCUUUUUGGGGAGAGUUGAGUGCAGAGGGAGGCGUUGGGAACAAAAAUGUUUUUAUUGCACACGAGUGUUCUCUCGCACUGGUUUGGCAAGAGAGCGAAAUCUCUUGACGAUUAUAUACAUAAGACCUAAGGCAAUGGUUCAAACGAUAAUCAGCUGUUGAUGUACUACAUUGUUACACGUAAGACUUCAGGCACUGAGUGGAAAUUGACCGAGUAAAAUUACAGACUUAAUUAGUGUAUAGUUCUCAGAGUAUGACUCCAUUUUAGUUGCUAUUUAUUCUCCUUGAAUAAAAAGGAAUUUUCAUUUACACCGCAUAUAUAGGAUAAAAUGGUGAGAUUUGUGCCCCUCGUAUAAUUUAACUACACACAAUAUUUACUGUUUUAAUUAAACUAUAAGUUUUGGUGUUAUAGAAAUAACGAGUCACGUGAACCAAAUUCUGCCAAGACACAUAUAUAUUAUGUUAAAAUCAUAAUCCAACGCCUCUAUUGGUGAAAAUGGUCAGCUAUAAUUUAUUCCGGACAAAGCGCUGAUAGAACAGAAAAUAUACUUCCUUACGGGGUUUGCUAAAUCAUCUGAACAUGACUUCAAGCACGCCUCAGUCUUUGUUAGAGGAAAUAGUCCCCUAAGAGCUUCUAAACUAACUCACUGUGUCGGGUGAGGAUAUUUUUUAACCCUGUUUGUUCAGCCAAGUGUAUCAGCGCUUUGCCGUGUGAAGGAAGUGGCCUGGACUCUCAAAGUAGAAUUUUUAUUCUGGUCGUUUGCAAAUGAAUUAACAAAUUCAUUAUGUGAGUCGUGUAAUGCUUAUUCGCUUGAGUUUACCUCAACGUGGCUGGAGUCCGUGCGACUUUCUUCAGAUGUACUGUGUACACAUAAUCAGAUAAUGUGGUCAUUCCAAGUGAUCAUUUGCGCCUACAUAGCUUUAAAAAGAAUUGCUACAACUGGCCAUUUAUUAUCCUAUUUUUGUACUUGCUUCUGUCGUACGCGCGAAUUUUGCAAGGAUCCACUCUUUCAUACAUACGUAUUAUAGCUUUUAUUCAGUCAAUUCAUGCACUCUUUGAGUUCAUUGCGAAAACUGCGCUGAAAAGAAGCGCACUCGGUAUGUCGCAUAUUUAAUUACAGCUGCUGUAAUUUUGAAUAGCUUGCAUCGCUAUUUAAGUAAGGUAUAAAGCACUCUGUAGUUCACUGGGCAAAACCUCAUCGUAGGUUUUGUAUCCCCUCAUCAUGUGUGUUAGGUGGUAAAUCACAGUAAAAGAAACAUUGAUUAGAUGAGUAUCUAAUAGAGACUAAAUAAGAGCCUAUAAUAGGUUGAAAAGUGUAGAUUGCAAUAUUAUGAUUAUCAAAUAAUUCUAUAUGGUAUAUCCUUGUGUUUUUCUGACGAAUACUAUAUAUGAAACGUAUUAAGCUAUCGAUCAGUAGCAGAAAGAUAAGAUUUUGUACGGAGGAAAGGAGAAGAGUGGCUUCAGACAAGACGACAAGAGGUUAAAAUCUAUUUAAGAAUGGUUGCCAAAUUUUCAAGCUUUCCUCCCUAAUUCUGAUUGAUUCUCCUCCGACUUUUGUAACGCAAAUAUAAGGUUUAUUUAGAGUUUAGAGGAGAGGUUUGUAAUUUAGACUCUGGUAUACCUUAAGGUGGAAACCCAUAAGUGAGAGAACACUUUGAUUGCUCAUUUCUUUUUCACGAGAUUGGAAUCUUGUACAUUGGACACAUGUUGUAAAAUAAAUUUAAGCAAAGAGCCAAAACUCGCAGGCGUGAGGCUAAAGAAUGUAUUUUGUGCCGGAAAUAUUAUUGGACCGAGCGUUCCACAACUGAUGUUGAGCGUCUCCAGAUUUUAUGUUUCUUUGGGAAGCUGCUGGGUUUCGAAGUGAAUGUUUAAUUGCAUAAUGAUGUACCUGAUGACGGGAAAUUCAAACCAAGGGAUUUGAGUAUUUUUAUUAGGGUUAUUCUAUGAUUGUUAUUAUUGGUGUAAUAUUUCAGAGAAUUUUAUCAGAGAAAUGAAACCUGAGAAUUGGUCGUAACCCUUCAUUAAAUAUGAAAGUAUAUAAUAUUUUAGUACGCUACGUACCACGUCGAGACGCUUUUAAGCUCGGAUCUGAAGUUUCCAUUUUGAUUUGUGAAAAUUUGUUACGAUUUGGCCUGAUUUUGCAUAGUGGCAUUUUGUAAAUUAAACAAAUACACACCUUUAUCAUGCAAGUGAAUUAUAUAUAUAUAUAUGGACUUGAAUAUUGCUGAAAAAGUAUCACAGUGAAAUGUAACAUCAUCAAUAAAAACACCUAUCCGUGUUUCCUGUGUAUUCCUUAAACGUGUAAAUCACUCACAUAUAUAUGUGUGAAAUAUUUUCGAAAAAAUAAAAAAAAUCACGAUUGCCAUUAGACAAAA